AAAGUGUCAUCUCUAUAUUACAAACAAAUAAGCACUCACCCGAAAUGAUUAACACAUGAAAUGUCAAAUAUUUGACAACCCUUUCUAUUGUUGAGUUUAUAAAAGAAGCGACGUGUGUUGGGCGAAUCGUAGAAAAAUAAUUUAUUUAAACGUAUAAAUAAGCAGAAAAUUAAUCAAGAAAACAUGAAUUCUCCACCAGUUUUUAUAGAUUUAUCCAUGGAUGAACAGGUCCAAGAAUUGAGAAAAUAUUUCAAGAAUUUGGGUGCUGAAAUCUCGUCGGAAAAAUCCAGCAAGGGUGUAGAAGAUGAUUUACACAAAAUCAUUGGUGUGUGUGAUGUUUGCUUUAAGGAUGGUGAGCCCCAACAGAUUGAUUGCAUACUCAACAGUAUUGUAUCCAUAAUGAUUACGAUUCCCUUGGAUCGUGGUGAAAACAUUAUUUUGGCUUAUUGUGAGAAAAUGACUAAGGCUACCAAUGUUCCUUUGACAAAAGUGUGUUUGCAGUCCUUGUGGCGUUUGUUUAAUAAUUUAGAUACUUCCUCUCCCUUGCGCUAUCAUGUCUACUACCAUUUGGUUCAGGUGGCCAAACAGUGUGAUCAAGUUUUGGAAGUUUUCACUGGAGUGGAUCAAUUGAAGUCACAAUUUGCCAAUUGCCCACCCUCGGCUGAACAAAUGCAAAAACUCUACCGUUUGUUGCACGAUGUCACCAAGGAUACCAAUUUGGAGCUGUCGGCCAAGGUAAUGAUUGAACUUUUGGGCACCUAUACCGCUGACAAUGCCUGUGUGGCCCGUGAGGAUGCCAUGAAAUGUAUUGUUACCGCCUUGGCCGAUCCCAAUACAUUCCUUUUAGAUCCCUUGUUGGCUUUGAAACCUGUGCGCUUUUUGGAAGGCGAUUUGAUUCAUGAUUUAUUGUCCAUUUUCGUGUCCGACAAAUUGCCCUCCUACAUACAAUUCUAUGAAGACCACAAGGAAUUUGUCAAUUCACAGGGCCUGAACCACGAACAGAACAUGAAGAAAAUGCGUUUGCUAACCUUUAUGCAAUUGGCCGAAAGCAAUCCCGAAAUGAGUUUUGAAACCUUGACCAAAGAAUUGCAAAUUUCCGAAGAUGAAGUGGAGGCCUUUGUUAUUGAGGUAUUGAAGACAAAAUUGGUACGUGCUCGCCUCGAUCAAGCCAAUCGCAAAGUGCAUAUCUCUUCCACUAUGCAUCGUACAUUUGGUGCUCCUCAAUGGGAACAAUUGAGAGAUUUAUUGCAUGCCUGGAAGGAUAACUUAAGUGCGGUACGUGAAGGUCUUACUCAGGUGUCAUCGGUACAAUUGGAUUUGGCUCGUAGUCAAAAAUUGGUGCAUUAGGAAAAGAAGGGUUUUAUAAAAAUUUUAUUAAAAACAAACAAACAAA